CCUGCGUCUCUUUCUUCUCUCUCUCACAAACCGCCUACAACAUACUGACUGAUACAUGAGCUUCUUAAAUUGGCAAAGGCUUUAAAGGUUCCUAUGUGUGCUUGAAGCAGCCAGCUUUUUCUUUUUAUUACUAUUUUUCCUCACUGCCCCUUCAGUUAAAGACUUUAAAGUUGAGGGAAUUCUGAUGUUUUUCGUGGUUAAAGCAGGUUUAUAGUUCAAUCCCACCGCGACAGUUUCUUCUUUUCCUCCUUCCUCCUCCUCCUCCUCCUUUCUUGUUUCCUCCGUUUUUCUCUUCUCUCCUUCUUCUGCAUAUACACACGCCUCUCUUGUUCACGUCGCGGCUUUUGGAUUGAUUUCUUCUCUCUGCUCAAGUACUUAAGAAUUGAUAUUUUCAAUUUGGUUGAAUUGAAGGUUCUUCGUCUCUCUGUGAUGUUUGUUUUGAUUAUUAUUUGCUACGUUGACGUCAUCUAGUUUCUCAAUCGAAUCAUCCGCAGCAGUGGCUGAAGCAUCUAUGUCUUGAUAUAAGGUUGACAAACUCGUGAAAAUGAUUUGGCCAGUAUCAAGGCGAUCUUGUUUUGUUAUUAUUUUCACUUCCCAGUCAUGGAAAAUGAUUGAAACUCACCCUUCAUCCAUUUCCCUUCCUUGUUUCUGGAAAUUUUAGCCUUCGAUCUCAUGAAUCAAGCUCUUGGAAUAGUUCCAAGAGAGAGAGAGCAUAUAGAAGAAGCUGGCUCAUCAUCAGUGGCUGCGGACUGUUGCAUAGAAAGAGAAAUCGUGAAGAAAGGAGAAUAGCAUGAACAAGAUGAGCAAUUUGAGCUCUGUGAACAGUUGUGAUCUGAUAGAUGCGAAGCUUGAAGAGCAUCAGUUGUGUGGAUCCAAGCAGUGCCCUGGUUGCGGACACAAGUUUGAAACCAAACCGGACUGGCUAGGUCUUCCGGCUGGCGUGAAGUUUGAUCCGACGGACCAAGAACUAAUCGAACACCUCGAAGCCAAAGUGGAGUCCAAGAACAUGAAAUCUCACCCUUUGAUCGACGAGUUCAUUCCCACUAUUGAAGGAGAAGAUGGAAUUUGUUAUACCCAUCCUGAGAAACUCCCAGGAGUAACAAGGGACGGGUUGAGUAGGCACUUCUUUCACAGACCUUCGAAGGCUUACACGACCGGAACAAGAAAGAGGAGAAAAAUCCAGAACGAGAGCGAGAUGCAAGGAGGAGAAACGCGGUGGCACAAGACGGGGAAGACGAGGCCGGUGAUGGUGAACGGCAAGCAAAAGGGCUGCAAGAAGAUUCUCGUGCUCUACACCAACUUCGGCAAGAACCGAAAGCCCGAGAAGACCAACUGGGUGAUGCAUCAGUACCAUCUGGGCCAGCACGAGGAGGAGAAAGAAGGAGAGCUCGUCGUGUCCAAGAUUUUCUACCAGACUCAGCCCAGACAGUGCAAUUGGUCCGACAGGUCAGCCACCACCGGCGAACCCAGCGGCGACUUCGUUAAUGCCAAUAGCAGGAGAGACAGUGGGAGUGGGAGCUGUUCUUCUUCUAAGGAGAUCAACAACGUUGUUGUCACAGCUCACAGGGAUGAUCAGAUGUCCGCGGUCGUCGGUGUUGUUCCUCCCAUGUCGUCGUACCUUCAUCAUCACCAUCAUCAUCCCUUGGAUAUUCAACAACACCUCAAACCCGACCACUUUGGAUUCAUUCCGUUCCGGAAAAGCUUUGACGAGGUGGGAAUAGGAGAGGGUUCAAUGGGGAGAGAUCAAGUGCAGCCAUCAGGCGAAGAAGUUAAUGAAGGACAAAGGCAGCAACAGCAACAUCAUCAUCAUCAAGUGGCUCAGCAUCAUCAGCAACAUCAGAAUAUGGCGACCACGACAGCUUUCCAUAUAGGCAGGCCUUCACUUCCGAUCUCUAACAUAAUCUCUCCUCCACCUCUCCACCACACUUCCAUCAUCCUCGAUGAUAACUCCUACCAUGUCUCCAGAAUCAUGCUCCAAAACGACAACUUUCAGCAACAGCAGCAGCAACAUCAUAAACUAGGAGGAAGCUCUGCGUCUGGUUUGGAGGAACUCAUAAUGGGAUGCACUUCAUCAACUGAUAUUAAAGCGGAAUCAUCAGUCUCCGUCACAAACCCUCAAGAAGCUGAAUGGCUCAAAUACUCUUACUGGCCCGACCCGGAUAACCCAGAUCAUCACGGGUAGUAGAGAGAGGAGGGAAAAUACAAAAAAAAAAUAUUUAAAAAAAUUACAAAGAGAGAUUGAUGGACCAAGUCAGUGUCGUCGUCGUCGUCAUAAGUACGUAGGGGAGGCCAACCCCCAAGUUUCUUUGCAUCAAAAAGGCCAAAGAGGCCGAAAUCAAAUCGUCCAUGGUUUGCUCUUUUACUUUCUUUUCUUCCAUCAGCGGCGGCUUGUUUCAAUAUUGCCUUUGUGAAUUAGCUCUCAACAGAACAAAGCUGGAAUUAAAGACCAUACCAGAGAGUGAGAAAAUGAAGAAGAAAAUCAAACAAGAAGAAAAGAAACCAAAGAAAGGCUGCCCCUACCUUCUGACACAUUGAGGGAUGAGUCGAACGUAAUUGCAUCGUCCUCCAUCACUAUUAUCAUUACAAUAUAUAUAUAUAUAUAUAUAUUUCAUCUUUGUUGUUAUGAUCUGCAUAUUAUUUUAUUAUUUUUAGAUGCUUGCAUAAUUAUGUCUUCUCGUUUCUUUAUACAAGAAAUAUACGAAUGAGUUUGUACGUGCAAUUCCUGCAAACGGCCGUCUUAGUUGCCUUUUUUUUUUUCGCUGUGAUUAUUCAUGUUUUGUUUAAUGCCAUGAAUAUGAUUUAUUUACGCAGAAAUGAAGCGUCUCAAGAGUUUUUCA